AUGUCUUCAACAAUUCCACGUAUUGCUGUUCGGCAAGUUGCCAGAUUUUCAAAUCACAACAAUCCAUUUAUGACCACACAAACCAGCGCUGAACAAACUGUGGAAGGUGAUCACGCCGUACCUUCGGUAAAACCAACAAUAACUGAGGACGUGUCGCAGCAACAGCAAGGCUCAAACUUCUCAAUAACGAAAUUCUUUCAGAUGUCCUGGACUGAUAAUGAAUCUCUGGAUCAAAUAUUAAUCCGAAAUAUCCGCAGAUUAAUGGAGGAAGAAAGAGAUCGUCAGAUAGCGUUUGAACGAAUGUGUCAGACUCGUUUGAAUUACUAA